AUGAAAAAAAAGAUGAAUAAUAAAGACAGCUCCUCUCAAACUGGGUUGUCUAACGAUAUUGAAAUUCUCGAAAAAUACGUAAACUCCCUUAAGACCAGAUUGGCCAAACUCGAACUAAACAAUUCUAACUCUAACGGAAAAUUUUUUAACCCCGACACGGAACAAAAUUCUGGAAAUUCUGGAAAUUCUGGAGAUUCUGGAGAUCCUGGAAAUCCUAGAAAUUCUGGAAAUUCUGGAAAUCCUGGAAAUUCUGGAAAUCCUAGAAAUUCUGGAGAUUCUGGAGAUUCUGGAGAUUCUGGAGAUUCUGGAGAUUCUGGAGAUUCUGGCAAUCCUAGAAAGCCUCGAAAUCCUAGAAAUUCUGGAAAUCCUGGAGAUUCUAGAAAUCCUGGAGAUUCUGGAGAUUCUGGAGAUUCUGGAGAUUCUGGAGAUUCUGGAAAUCCUGGAGAUUCUGGCAAUCCUAGAAAGCCUCGAAAUCCUAGAAAUUCUGGAAAUUCUGGAAAUCCUGGAGAUUCUGGAGAUUCUGGAAAUUCUAGAAAUCCUGGAGAUUCUGGAGAUUCUAGAAAUCCUGGAGAUUCUGGAGAUUCUGGAAAUCCUGGAGAUUCUGGAAAUCCUGGCAAUCCUAGAAAGCCUCGAAAUCCUAACCCUAAAAUUUCUUCAUCAAAUCGGAAAAAUAUCUCUUCUAGUCUUUUUAGUUUGAUUUGCAACAUUUUGGCUGGAAUUCAUGUUCACUGCGUCUGCAUUCACGUCUACAAACAUCUGAAAAACAUUGUUCAAUGUGCUUUCCAGAUUAUUACGAAUCUGUGCACCAAUAAAUUUGUGUGGACUCUCAUAGUAGUGGGGUUAUUCUUUGUCUUCUUUGUGGCUGCCUAUGACCCAGUUUUUUAUGAAAGGUUCUUAAAGCCUAUUUUUGGUGAGAAAUUCUUAAAGCCUGAUUUUGUUGAGAGGUUCUUAAAGCCUUUUUUUGAUGAGAGGUUUUUAAAGCCUGUUUUUGAUCUUCUCGCUAACCUUUUUCAUUGGGCUAUGGAUGUCUGUAAAAUCCUUGAUGCUGUUGUUUUUUGUUUAUGUUUUUGUUUUCUGCUCUCCAAUUUUAAAAGCUCAAACUCCGGUGUUUCUGUAGUUGUACCAAAUACAUUCAAAAAUGUCAAGACAAACUUCGAAAUUGUUACAAAAAAUACGAUUAAAUUUUUUAUAUUUCGCAUGGUUUUAAUCGUCAUUUUUGUUCUCUUUUCAUCAAAAUCUGGAAUAGAGGAUCUGUUAGUUUCGAGAACUCGAGAAAUUUUAAAAGGUGAACGAAUUCUACAAGGUCUACAAGCUAUAGCAGCUUUAAAGGCUCUAGAAGCUCAAAAAAAUCCAUAUGCUCAACAAGUUUUACAAAUUUUGAAUUUUAUAGUUGCUAAAGGAGGUACUGCACCAGAUAUAGUAGUGGGUUUAAACCCUCUGAUAUUAAGACUCCUUUUAGAAGAUGAAAGCGAUCCAAAAGCUACACAAGCUGUAAUAAAAACAUCUGAUUUCCUAAAUCCACUAUUUGAACAAGCUCUAGAAACUGGAAAAAUUUCAAAAGAUCAAAUAGCUAAAAUGAAAGAAACAAUUCAGGUAUUCAAAAAAUAUGUCGAAAUUCAUGAAGAAAAAAAAUCUCAGCAAAAUCGAGAUGCUUCAGACGUUUUAAAAAGCGAAAAAAAUCUACAAGUUCUGCUAUUUAUGCGCCAUUCAAAACCUAUCAAAGAUUUAAAAGUUCUAGAAGCUUAA